AUGCUAGAGACGUUCUACAUCAUGAUUCUUUGUCUGGCUUUGUUCCCGCACCUCCUCACCACUGAUGUUCUCUCCCUGCGACCUCCUGCCAGGUUGAGAUUUCUGCACUGCACGUGCCGCACGUGGUCACUUGGAUGUAAGCACCUGGGAGGCGGGGCCGCCUCCUCCACCUUUGACAGCCCCGCCCUGGCACAGGGCUGGCACCUGGCAGGUGCUGACCACGUGCUGGGGCAUGUAUUUCAGAAGUUGAGAAUUUGCUCCAUGUCCACAUUUGUCCGUUUUGUACUUGACAGCAUGAGAAUAAAGCAGGACCCUAGACUUGUGGUAACUGACCUGUGUUUUGGGACCAUACCCAUGAGACUGUCCCAGCCCAAGGCAGCAUCUCAACCCCGGGGAGGCAUCGUCUUCUUCCACGGAGUGGGUGCCGUCUUCUCUUCCCGCGCCUCUUCACGCCGCACCCCUGCAAUCGCUCUCCCUUCUUCACCUCCACCCCUCACAGUCUGUUCCUCACCCAGCAGCCGGAAAGGGCUUUUAAAAAUACAGAGCUCGUCAGUCCUGCGCUUAAACCCCUCCUGUGGCUUUCUAGUGCUCUCAGGAUUGCAAGGGAGAGUUGAGGACACUGUUAAAACGGCUUCCCAGAGACACUUGUCCACACUGGUAGCUUUUGUUCCCUGCUUGCUCCUGAAGUACCGCAAGCUUCUUGAUCCCCAUUCCCUUGUCAUUUCCCAAGACAGCCUGAAUGCCGCCAUUCACUUCCUGAAGGCCUGAAAACCAGUGGGGUGGAUCCCCCGGGUUGUGAUCUGCGGAGACAGCACUGGGGGACGGUUUGUGACCUUUGUCACCCGGACCUUGGUGGGGAGAUCAGGUCUCCGGGUCUGGGCCCAGGUCCUGAUUUGCCCUGUUGUCCAGGCCAUCAGUUUGCAUUUGUCAUCCUUUCCGCAGAACCAAAACCUUCCCUUCCUCUCCUGGAUGUUCGUGACGACUCGUAUGUGUAAAUAUCUGGUCGUCCACGUCUACUGGGGGGAUGCCAUCAUGAACGGUGCUCCCUGCCCAGCCCCCCGCCCCCCCGCCAACGUCUAGAGGAAGCACAGGAAGUGGCUCAGCCCUGACAGCACACCCAAGAGAUUCAAGAGGACAGGCCACCGACCCGUGUUUCCUGGCGCUUUUAAUGAGGCUGCCUAUCCAGAAAACAAACUUAUUUUGGUUGCAGAAAAUUCACCCUUCGUAAGAGAUGAUAGAACCAUUGCUUUCUCAGCUUCCUGAGCCAUCCUGGGGGGCUGUGAGAAUGACAUCCCCAACGACACGUUGCUCUAUAAGAAGUGCUUGGAAGACUAGGGGGUCCCCGUACAUGUGGAGGAUGGCUUACCUGAAUUCAUAAUGUUAUUAGAGAAGAAGCCUUUCUCUUUCCCAUGCUCCCUGAAAAUUAUGAAUGCUGUAGUCAGUUAUAGAAGAGCAUAUAGUAGCCCUGGGGCCCUGCCUAGGGGGAAGGAAAGGGGAUCUUUGUACUGCCUGCUGGGGGCAGUCCACAUCAGUUUUUGCAUCGGGCCCAUGUUUGCCUGA